AGUAAUGAUUAUCAGAGCAAAAUUUUCCAAUAGUCCGCCAUAGUCAUGAUAAACGAUAUUACCUAUGGUUUUCCUGCUGGCGAUGAAAGUGAGGGAAGCAGUGACGAGUGGGAUACUGGAUAUCAUAAUAAUCCAAGACAACCGUGCGCUGAGGUAUCUGAAGCACAACCGAAUGGAGAUGACAAAGUAUCCACCCUAAAAAGGGCCAUUACUGCAGGAAAUGUCGAGCUCGUGCAAGAGCUCUUGGACGGCGGUAUGCACGUGGAGACCCGGCUGGGCUUUGAGUGGACUCCUCUCAUGUGCGCAGUCCAUGUGGCCCACUAUGAGCUCGCUCAACUGCUACUGGAUCGUGGUGCAAGUGCAAACUUCAGCAAGGACAACUUUACAGUUUUGAUGGCUGCCUGCACUGCGACAUCUGCAUCUGAAGAAAAGAUCGCCCAGUGCGUUGCUCUGCUUCUCAGUCGCAAUGCUGAUCCAAAUGUGUGCAACAGGAGCAGCUUGACAUGCUUGAUGCUAGCCGCCAGAGACGGUUAUUGUCAGGUGAUUAAUUUGCUGGUGUCACAUGGAGCAGAGGUUAACUUUCAGAAUGAUAAUGGACAUACGGCCCUUAUAAUAGCAGUUCAGUAUGGACAUGAUGGGGCUGUGUUGAAACUGCUUCAACUAGGAGCUGAUAGGUCUAUUAAAACCAAAACGGGAAAGACGGCAGCCGACAUGGCCAAAAUAUUCAAGCAACCUGAGAUGUUGAGGAUUCUUUAUUCUCCAGAACCAUCUGCUUUAAGUGGCAAUACAUCAUCCAAAGCCGAGGCAGUGUUUAAAUAUCUCAAUCAAAACCCUUAUCCUCCUGCCUACAAUGAGAGUGUCUCAAAGCUGACUGAUAUCCAACUUCUGCUGCAUGGUCUGAAUCUGGAUUAUCUUUCUGACAUCAUGAUGGAUCAUGACAUUAGCUGGAGUGACCUGUUGAUCAUGGAGAAGGAGGAUUUUCUAAAGAUUGGAGUAACUGAUCCUGAGGAUCAAAAGAAGAUUCUCAGUGCCAUUGGGGAGAUGCAACUUGAUAAACUAGAUGUGGAAACCCUGACGCCUCUUAACAUAGACAGCGGAAGCGAAGAUUUUCUGAACUUUAUGAUCAGCUUGAAGCAACAGUGCUGCUAUUUAACAGAAGCCGUACAGGACGUCAUCAGCAGGUUCCCCCGUAGCCCCUCUGAGGUGGUUCUUACAUGUGAUCCCAAGAAAGAGGCUCAAGUCAUUUGUGCUGAGAUAAUAACUCGGGCAGGAGACCUCCAGAAAGAGAUAGUCUGUCUUAAGACCCUGCUUAGCAAGACUGAUCACACAGAAUGCCUCUUGCAGCCUGUUCAACCUAACUUUAGUAUUGGUGGAAAAGGAAAGGGCCGCAGGAGGUUUGCCCGUGUGCUUGGACUUGGAAUGCUUGGAGCAGGUCUAUUGAUUGUGUUUUCUCAAUCGAAAACUUUGAAAAGCUAUUUUUGAUAUUUUUAUUUAUUUCAGUAUUAUGUAUUUUAAGUUACUUGAGUGUUUUAUUAAGUAUCUUGUGUUCUGCCUUUAUUUGAGUUUGUUAACCUUUUGAGUUGUCCAGUUGUAGACUGUUAUUCAAAUAACUCUGUUAAAUGUGUAUUUCUUGUUUCAGACAUUGCAAGAUAAAAGUUUUCUCAAGCCAAAAUGUUUAAUUCCCAUUUUUAAAGAUAGCACUUGUGUGUAAUUCUCUUCGUCAACAUCUAUUUUGAUUUGAGUUGAGGAGCUGUUUGCCUUUUGUUUUGGAUUACGCUGGGGGGGCAAAGAGAAAACUGCAUACAAGUCGCUGUCUGUGGUGCUGAACUGUCUGUUUUGGGUGCGUGGUGAGCUCAACAGGGGUGCAGUACCCCAUUACUCUCGAUUUCAUGAUGUUUUAAGAAAAUAGAUAAUCUGAUUAACUGAUUACUCAAUUGAUCGUGUGUAAUGGGGAAUUUUGUAGUGUCAUACUGAAACAAAGCCAAUAAAUGAGAAGAUAAUUGAAAUG